GCGACUCGGCCGCAGUUCUGUGCCGUCCAGUCUCUGGUCUGCGAUCUCCAGCCUCCCAUCGCUGGUCUCCGAAAUUCGGCCCCCGGUCGCCAGUCUCCGGCUGCCAUUCUCCGGCUCUCCAUUCUCGGUUUAGAUUACGUCCCGUUCGGUUCGCCAAACUGCGUCGCGCGAAAAUUGCGUUUAAUUAAAGUAUAAAGGCCAGCGAGCUCCUCAAUUACGGCAGCUCGUGGGAUGAGUCGCCACAGCCAGCUGAAGCUAGCGAUGCCCUCGGUGCACGGGUCUCCAGCUCCUGCUCCGCAUCCGCAUCCGUCGAAGGAUCGGAGCGUGAAGCUGGGACUUGGUGUCAACCAGCGGACGGGUCGGGUGCAGUGGUGCCCUGGCCUGACCUGCUGCAAACUACUUCUGCUGCUUCCAGUGGUGAUGCUGCCCCUGACGCUUGUGCUUAUCCUGAUUAUGCGGCUGGACGGAAUGCUGGAGGCGCUGCAGCUGAACGAGCAGAGGAUGCGCGAACGUCGAGAGUCCGCUGCAAAGGUGCCCAGCUACUUGGAGAACUACGAGGCUUUGCAGGCGGAGGGCAGCACAUACAAUGAGCUAAUUAACGAGGAGUUCCUGUUACCGUCGGGCAAGCGAGCCCAUCAUGAGCUUGAGGCCGCGGAGCGCGAUCGACGAUGUCAGCCCUAUCGGUACGGAAACGGCGAGACCCUGGAGCUAGAGGAGCGCAGCACACUGAUGAAGGACUCGCGCACUUCCUUCUUGCCGCAGGGCAUUCCGCGCGAGUGUCUCGGCAUAGACCUGGACAUCAAACCCCUAGACAGCAACCCCAGCGUGUCCCAAAAAAAACGGUUCCAGGACGAGACUGCCUACUGGCUGGAGCGGAGCAGGCAGCACCGGGAACGGCGCGAGGCGGAAGGCCAUUCCGGCGAGGCCAAUCCAGAGCAGACGUCCCAAAUCAACGAGCCUACCGCUGCACUGCAAAGCUUCUGGAACGAGGAGGGCACCCGCGAGGGCAUCCGCAUGGCGCAGGCCAUGACCAUGAAGCGCUACAUGGACACCAAAGUGGAUCCCUGUGUGGAUUUCUACAAGUACGCUUGUGGCAACUGGGAGAGGCUGCACCCGAUACCUAAGGACAAGGCUGGCUUUGACACUUUCGAAAUGCUGCGCGAAAGCCUUGACCUUGUGCUGCGCAAUCUCCUGGAGAAGAAUGAUUCGCCUGCUCAAGCGGCCGAGCCGAGGAAGAGCCGGGUUCGGAACACGCUGUUCAAGCUUAACGAGCAGGGAGAGGGCGAGGGCGAAGCGGACCAAGCGGCGGAGCUGCGGGCUGAACGUCUGAAGCGGCAUAUCGUCAGCCAGAGGCAGUUGCUCAAUCGCAUCCUCGUGCGGUACAAACGAUACACCAACGGAACCAAGCGGAAACGCCUCAUCGAUGCCACCCGGGAGAAGACCAAAGAGGAGGAAGCUGCAGCACCUACCGUCGCGACGAAGGAGAAGUCAAAGGAGAAAUCGGACACUGAGGAGCCAAUAAACGUAGCGGCCACCAACAACAUGCUCCAGCCCCAGCACGAUGCCCAGCUGAAGGCCAAGAAUCUGUACCGAUCCUGCGUAAACAGCCAGCUGUUAGCCAGGCGGGGCCUGGAGCCACUGCACACUCUCAUCCAGGAGCUCGGCGGCUGGCCCGUCCUGGACCAGCAGUGGAGCGACGCCAACUUCAACUGGCAAGUUCUGGCUGCCACUCUGCGGCGCUACAACAACGACAUCCUCAUCGUCCAGUGGGUGGGGGCGGACAUCAAGAACUCCGAGGAGAACAUCGUCCAGUUCGACCAGACGGGCCUGGGCCUGCCCACCAGGGAGUAUUUCCUGCAGCCCAGCAACAACAAGUACCUGCUGGCCUACCAGCGCUAUAUGUCAGAGGUGAUGCACAAGAUGGGGGCCUCCAAGGCGGACGCUCAGCGGGUUGCCACCGAGCUGGUGGCCUUUGAGACGCAGCUGGCGGGGAUAACGGCUCCGGCGGAGCAGCGGCUCAACGUGACCAAACUCUACAAACGGAUGUCCCUGGACCAGCUGCAGGCGUUGGUGCCGGAGAUCAAGUGGCUUACCUACCUACAGAGCCUUCAGGAUCGUGAGGUGAGCGGGGCCGAAGAGGUGGUCAUCUACGCGGUGGAGUACAUGGGCAAAUUGGUGACCCUGCUGGAGGAGACGGAGCCCCGCACCGUGGCCAACUACAUGAUGUGGCGUUUCGUGCGGCAUCGCAUCAACAACGUGGACGAUCGCUUCGACGACAUCAAGCAGCACUUUUACCACGCCCUCUUCGGCCGGGAGGAGAGUCCGCAGCGCUGGAAGGUGUGCAUCGCCCAGGUGAACACGAACAUGGGCAUGGCGGUUGGCUCGAUGUUUGUGAGCCGCUACUUCGACAACAACAGCAAGCGGGACACCCUGCGGAUGACGCACGACCUGCAGCAGGCCUUCCGAGACAUCCUCAAGACCACCGACUGGCUGGACGCAACCACAAAGCAGCUGGCCGAGGAGAAGGUCAACGCCAUGUCCCUGAAAAUCGGCUACCCGGACUUUAUCCUCAAUCCGGGUGAGCUCAACAGCAAGUACGCGGGAAUCGAUAUCCACCCGGAUAAGUACUUUGAGAACACGCUCAAUGUCCUGCUCCACACGGCCAAAACGGAGCAGUCCAAACUGCACGAGCGGGUCAACAAGACCAACUGGCAGACGGCGCCGGCCAUUGUGAAUGCCUACUAUAGCCGCAACAAGAACCAGAUCAUGUUUCCCGCCGGCAUCCUGCAGCCGCCCUUCUACCACCGCCACUUCCCCAAGUCGCUAAACUUCGGCGGCAUCGGCGUGGUCAUCGGCCACGAGUUGACCCACGGAUUUGACGACAAGGGACGGCUUUUCGACUGCAACGGCAACAUUCACAAGUGGUGGACGGACUCCUCAAUCCGGGGCUUCGACGAACGCGCCCGCUGCAUCAUCGCCCAGUACAGCAACUACACAGUGGAAGAGGUGGGCAUCGUCCUCAAUGGCGAAAGCACGCAAGGCGAGAAUAUCGCAGAUAAUGGUGGCCUGCGCCAGGCUUUCCAUGCCUAUCAGCGCUGGAUGCAGGAACACCCCAACGAGGUCCCGGACGAGGUUCUGCCGGGCCUCAACAUGACCGGACCACAGCUCUUCUUCCUCAACUUUGGCCAGGUGUGGUGUGGAGCAAUGCGGCCCGAGGCCAUACGGAACAAACUGAACACGGCUAUUCACAGUCCGGGUCGCUUCCGGGUGAUCGGCACGCUAUCAAACUCCGUGGACUUUGCCCGGGAGUUCCGCUGUCCCGUGGACUCGCCGAUGAACCCCUCCAAGAAGUGCAGCGUGUGGUAGAUGCGGGAAGUCUACAGCUAUAGCCUAAGAGUAUUAUUCACGACGUAUGCCACGCAGUCCUAGACCAAAGAACGAAGGCAUGCCAAUUGCUUUUCAAUUGACAGAACAGCAAAUUGGCGAAGUCCCAGAGAUGUGUGCCGAGGAUCGAACGGGAUGACCCCCUUCACAACAAAGAAUAUGUGCCAAAAAUUAUAACUUGCUACUUUAUAUAUUUUCGAUAGCCCUUAACUAUUUAUAUUUGUAACUUGCAAUAGUUUAGUUUACGAUGCAAUUUAUGUUUGUGAUAAUUCUAAUUAAAUGUAAACCACCA